AUGGCGACCACACCACCACCACCAUCACCGUCGGCCCUGCGGGUCCCUGCCGCUCCUCGCCAUGGUGCUGGAUAUGACCAAUAUUCGCCUUAUCCUACUCGGACGUCAGCCAGACUGGCGAAUCAACGGGCCAGAUCAAUUCAGAGAACUCCUUCACCUGGUUUUGCGAAUGGCGAUGGCCGAGCGGGCUCUCGAGGGUCACCCAAGAAGCAAAGAAAGGUGGAAGUCCCAAAAGCCUCAUCGUCGACCGGAGAGUCCUUUCUAUCACCGCCUUCACCGCCCUCCACGGCAAAUCGGCGGGGUAAAGCUGCGUAUUCACUUUCUAUGGCUGCCUCUGCCUCUCACUCAUCUGAUAUUCCUAUUCCAUUUGCUCUAUCCUCUGCACAUCGCACCUUCAGAUCAACUGUGGAGCAAGGUCUUCUUACUCCUGGCAAGACUCCUGCAUCUCACAAAAAGUCCAUUUGUGAUCCUUCGCCUACUUCUCGCAAUCUUUUUCCUCCACGAUGUCUCAGGGAUAUCGAAAUCUACACGGACCCUGAGAACCGUCCGUUUGUACUUGGAUUGGAUGAAAAUGACAACCCCUUCCACGACAAGCCUGGCACCUCCAACUCUCAGGCCCCCACGAAGCCCUCGACUCGCUCUCAAAGCCGUACCAAGCCCCAUGAAACGGACCGUAAAGAUGGGAUCUUCUGUGUUUUCCGAGGCAAAAAGGUCUUCCGCAAGUUCCACCAGGAGUUGGACACCGAGGCCGACGAAGAUGGCGAUGACCUGGGCCUGUUUGCUGCCCGUCCUGACCUCCUCGCCGACAACCCCGAUCUCGUGAGGGGCAGCCCGUCUCGCUCCGCCAAGCCUCGUGCCCUCUUCGGUGUACAGCGAAAGCACCAUAACGCUGCUGAGGAAGAUGGCACGGAUGAAGAGGACCAUGCCAUGGCCGAAUCGAGCACUCCUACCGCUACAGUUAUGGGUCCUCCUGACGCGCCCGCCGCGCCCGCUGCCCCGAGCCCCACUCGCCUUCUGCGCUCCGCUGCUCGGUAUGACCAGAACCAGCUCGAUGUGACACCUUCUGUCAAGACCCAGGCAAAGAAGCGCAUCAGCCCCUUCGACUACUGGCAGCGCAAAAAGCAGAGUCCCGAUGAGCAGGCUGACAGCUCACCUGCUUCUGUGAAGCGGGACGCGGACUCAGUGGGGAGUCCUGAAGCCCCCACUGCAAAGAAGACCCGGGGCACUCAUUCCAGGGCCGGUGCAUCCAGCACCCCCAAGGUCUGA